CAUAGGAAGCUCCUGAAUGAGGAAAUUUAUAGUGGAAAUAUCCAGCAGCUGUUGAUUAUAGCUGACCCCAGAGCUGCAUAUGACUACUGUGAGCAUUAUAGCCCAGACUGUGAUUCCCCAGUGCCCAAUGCUGCUCAGGCUCAAGAUCCUCAAGUUGAUGAGUACACACCAGAAGAUUUUAUCGAAUAUGACUAUGAGUAUGGGGAUGCAGAUUAUAAAGAAACUGAUUCUGUAACAGAGGGACCCCCACUGUUCGAAGAGACAGUAGCACAAACAGAGGCAAACAUUGUUGAUGGAUUUCAAGAAUAUAACAUAGCUGAAAAUGACUAUGGGCCCCAGACAGAAGCUCCCUCCAGAACUACUGAAGCAAAUGAGCAAAAUCCUGUUGAAGAAGUAUUUGCUGAAGAAUACAUAACUGGAGAGGAUUAUGAUAAAAAAACUGAGGAAACUGAAUAUGGAAGCAGAGGAGUAGACCUCAGUGAAUCUGAUCUGCUGGUAGAUGGAGAUUUAGGCGAAUAUGAUUUUUAUGAAUAUAAAGAAUACGAAGAGAAACCAACUGAUUCCACUAAUGAGGAGUUUGGUCCAGGUGUUCCUGCAGAGACCGAUAUCACAGAAACAAGUGUGACUGGACAUGGGGCUUAUGGAGAAAAAGGCCAAAAGGGAGAACCAGCUGUGAUUGAACCUGGUAUGCUCAUUGAAGGACCACCGGGACCAAGAGGACCUGCUGGUCUUACAGGUCCACCAGGUCUACAAGGUCCUGUUGGUCCUCCAGGUGACCCUGGUGAAAGGGGUCCACCUGGUCGCCCUGGUCUCCCUGGUGCUGAUGGUUUAGCAGGUCCCCCGGGUACCAUGUUAAUGUUGCCGUUCCGCUUUGGUGGAGAUGGUGAGAAGGGCCCAACAAUCUCAGCUCAGGAAGCUCAAGCACAAGCUAUUCUUCAGCAAGCUAGGAUUGCUAUGAGAGGUCCACCUGGUCCAAUGGGACUCACUGGACGACCGGGUCCUGUGGGUGGACCUGGAGCAGCAGGUGCUAAGGGUGAAAGUGGUGAACCAGGUCCCCAGGGUCCUCGUGGUGUUCAAGGUGCCCCUGGUCCAAGUGGAAAAGCUGGCAAAAGGGGACGUCCUGGAGCUGAUGGUGCCAGAGGAAUGCCAGGAGAACCUGGUGCAAAGGGUGACAGAGGAUUUGAUGGUCUUCCUGGCCUCCCUGGUGACAAAGGUAACAGGGGAGACCGUGGCCCACAGGGACCUCCUGGCUUACCUGGCGAAGAUGGAUCAAGAGGAGAAGAUGGGGAAGUUGGACCAAGAGGUCUCCCAGGUGAAGCUGGUCCACGGGGAUUACUGGGCCCCAGAGGUACACCUGGUCCCCCUGGACAACCUGGCAUCGCAGGUGUUGAUGGACCUUCAGGCCCAAAAGGAAACAUGGGUCCUCAAGGGGAGCCAGGACCUCCUGGUCAGCAAGGAAUCCCAGGCCCACAAGGGCUUCCUGGUCCACAAGGUCCUAUUGGACCUCCUGGUGAAAAGGGACCUCAAGGCAAGCCUGGCCUUCCUGGCCUUCCUGGUGCUGAUGGGCCUCCUGGUCAUCCUGGCAAAGAGGGUCAGUCUGGAGAUAAAGGUGCAUUGGGACCUCCAGGUCCUCAGGGUCCCAUUGGCUAUCCAGGUCCUCGUGGUGUAAAGGGAGCUGAUGGUGUCCGUGGUCUCAAGGGAUCCAAAGGUGAAAAGGGUGAAGAUGGUUUUCCAGGAUUUAAAGGUGACAUGGGCCUUAAAGGUGACCGGGGAGAAGUUGGUCAGCCAGGUCCACGAGGAGAAGAUGGUCCAGAAGGCCCAAAAGGUCGAGCAGGUCCAUCUGGGGACCCAGGUGCUGCUGGUCCAGCUGGGGAAAAGGGUAAGCUUGGUGUACCCGGAUUGCCAGGAUAUCCAGGAAGACAAGGUCCCAAGGGCUCAACUGGUUUCCCAGGAUUUCCAGGUGCCAAUGGAGAGAAAGGUGCAAGGGGAUUACAUGGAAAACCAGGCCCCAGAGGACAGCGAGGACCAACAGGUCCAAGAGGCUCAAGAGGUCCCAGAGGUCCUACGGGCAAACCAGGUCCAAAGGGUACUGCAGGCAAUGACGGUCCUCCUGGCCCACCAGGUGAAAGGGGACCACAAGGGCCUCAGGGACCUGUUGGAUUCCCCGGACCAAAGGGACCUCCAGGGCCACCUGGAAAAGAUGGCUUGCCUGGGCACCCAGGGCAGCGGGGUGAGACUGGUUUUCAAGGAAAAACUGGUCCUCCUGGUCCUGGUGGUGUUGUUGGCCCUCAGGGUCCUACUGGUGAGACUGGCCCAAUUGGUGAAAGAGGUCAUCCAGGUCCUCCUGGUCCACCAGGUGAACAAGGCCUCCCAGGUGCUGCAGGAAAAGAAGGUGCUAAGGGUGACCCAGGCCCUCAAGGCAUUCCGGGGAAAGAUGGACCAGCAGGUCUUCGUGGUUUCCCUGGAGAGAGAGGCCUUCCAGGUGCUCAGGGUCCAGCUGGUCUGAAAGGUGGGGAAGGCCCACAAGGUCCACCUGGCCCAGUUGGUUCACCAGGGGAACGUGGAGCAGCAGGAACUGCUGGCCCAAUUGGUCUACCAGGUCGUCCUGGACCUCAGGGUCCUCCAGGCCCUGCAGGGGAGAAGGGUGCUCCCGGUGAAAAAGGUCCUCAAGGUCCAGCUGGACGUGAUGGAAUACAGGGUCCUGUAGGACUUCCUGGUCCUGCUGGUCCUAGUGGUUCUCCUGGAGAAGAUGGUGACAAGGGUGAAAUUGGUGAACCAGGCCAGAAAGGUAGUAAAGGUGACAAGGGAGAAAACGGUCCUCCAGGUCCACCAGGUCUCCAGGGUCCUGUUGGUGCCCCUGGUAUAGCUGGAGGUGAUGGGGAGCCAGGCCCAAGAGGUCAGCAAGGGAUGUUUGGGCAAAAAGGUGAUGAAGGUCCUCGAGGCUUUCCUGGCCCCCCAGGCCCUAUUGGCUUACAGGGUCUGCCUGGCCCACCAGGUGAAAAGGGUGAAAAUGGUGAUGUGGGCCCAAUGGGUCCACCUGGCCCUCCAGGUCCAAGAGGUCCCCAGGGUCCUAAUGGAGCUGAUGGUCCUCAAGGACCCCCAGGCUCAAUUGGCUCUGUUGGAGGUGUUGGUGAAAAGGGUGAACCUGGAGAAGCCGGUAACCCUGGACCUCCUGGAGAAUCUGGAACAUCUGGUCCGAAAGGUGAAAGGGGAGAAAAAGGUGAGGCUGGUCCACCUGGAGCCGCUGGACCACCAGGUGCUAAAGGACCUCCAGGUGAUGACGGGCCUAAGGGUAACCCAGGUCCAGUUGGUUUUCCUGGAGAUCCUGGUCCUCCUGGGGAACCUGGUCCAGCUGGUCAAGAUGGUGUUGGUGGAGAGAAGGGCGAAGAUGGUGAUCCUGGUCAACCUGGUCCACCAGGUCCUUCAGGUGAAGCUGGCCCACCUGGUCCACCUGGAAAAAGAGGACCUCCUGGAGCAACUGGUGCUGAAGGCAGACAAGGUGAAAAAGGUGCAAAGGGUGAACCUGGUGCAGAAGGGGCUCCUGGAAAAACAGGUCCAGUUGGUCCACAGGGACCUGCAGGAAAACCUGGCCCAGAGGGUCUCCGGGGCAUUCCUGGGCCUGUGGGAGAACAAGGUUUACCUGGAGCACCAGGUCAGGAUGGCCCUCCUGGGCCUCUGGGACCACCUGGCUUGCCUGGCCUGAAAGGAGACCCAGGUUCCAAAGGAGAGAAGGGACAUCCUGGUUUGAUCGGCCUGAUUGGACCUCCAGGAGAACAGGGUGAAAAGGGUGAUAGGGGUCUUCCUGGCCCACAGGGAUCUCCUGGAGCCAAGGGUGAUGCAGGAAUUUCUGGUCCUGCUGGUCCACUUGGACCCCCUGGUCCUCCUGGUUUACCUGGUCCCCAAGGUCCAAAAGGUUCCAAAGGAUCCAGCGGUCCUGCUGGUCAAAAGGGUGACAGUGGGUUACCUGGUCCACCUGGUCCUCCAGGUCCUCCGGGCGAGGUAAUCCAGCCACUGCCAAUCCAGUCACCAAAAAAGACAAGAAGAUCUCCUGAUUACAUGUUAUCUGAUGCUGGUGAUAAUAUUCUGGAUUAUUCCGAUGGCAUGGAAGAGAUCUUCGGUUCAUUGAAUUCUCUGAAGCAAGACAUUGAGCAUAUGAAGUUUCCCAUGGGCACUCAGAAUAACCCAGCCCGAACUUGCAAAGACUUGCAACUCUGCCACCCAGACUUCCCAGAUGGGGAAUAUUGGAUUGAUCCUAACCAGGGCUGUUCUGGAGACUCCUUCAAAGUAUACUGCAAUUUCACAGCAGGUGGGGAAACUUGCAUCUACCCAGAUAAGAAAUCUGAAGGAGUUAGAAUUUCAUCAUGGCCAAAGGAGAACCCAGGAUCUUGGUUUAGUGAAUUUAAGCGAGGCAAACUUCUUUCCUAUUUGGAUGUUGAAGGCAAUUCCAUUAAUAUGGUCCAAAUGACAUUCCUUAAACUACUGAGUGCCUCUGCCAGACAAAAUUUCACUUACAAUUGUCAUCAGUCCAUAGCUUGGCAUGAUGCAUCAUCUGAUAGCUAUGACAAAGCGCUACGGUUCUUAGGAUCGAAUGAUGAAGAAAUGUCUUAUGACAACAAUCCUUACAUCAAAGCUCUUCAUGAUGGCUGUGCAUCAAGAAAGGGCUAUGCAAAAACGGUGAUUGAAAUCAACACACCCAAAAUAGACCAAGUGCCUAUAGUUGAUGUGAUGAUCAAUGACUUUGGUGAUCAGAACCAGAAGUUUGGAUUUGAGGUCGGUCCUGUUUGCUUCCUUGGUUAAGCUUAAGACAAAAUCAGAUCAACAAAAAUGUUGCACUUUGGUGCUACCAACCCACUUCAUGCCACAUGCAAGUUUUGAAUAAGGAUGGCAUAGAAAAUGUGUCUUGCUGUGUAUGUAUGUCUUAUCUAGAAAGUAAUUGUUGCCCUUGUAGGGCCAGAAUCACAUGACUUAAACUUAUUUUGCAAAGAUGCUGUGGCACAGACAGACAACAUAGGGCUUACUUUAGGAACACCCCCCUUUGGAUUCCUUUGGUGCUGUAAAAAACAAACAACAUGGUGCUCCUUCCAUUACAACAAAGAGGUGUUAAGAAAGUGUUUAAUAAAUUGUAAUUAUUCUAUGUACAGUACUAUACUGGUUUUUCUCUGUCCAUUUCCAAAACUUGCAUGUGUCUCUGAAUUGCAUCUGGCUCUAAUUUUAUAAUUACAAAACUACAUUGUCAAUACUGUGUAUGUAUUCUGAAAAAAUAAAGCUAUAAUUGCCAGUGAAGCCAAUUCCAUCUCUGAUUAAUAAUAAAAUCCCUUUGUAUA